AAGAGGAGCCUCAAUAGGUGGCGCUCCAUGCUUUUGUAACCCGAGCAGCUCAGAGGCUGGAGUAAUCAUUAGGAGAGAGCGACUACUGCAUGAAGAAGUCUUCUAUAAAUACAUGCGGAUAUACAUAGCUUCUUACAUAUGACGCAAGGACUGCGACUUUGCCUCCCGUCCCCUCUUCAUCUCCACAUCCCCACGCCCCGGGUUCCCUCCCGAUGCCUCACUCUCGUCGGAUGGGAGACAGCGACGCACAGCAGGCAGGAUGACGAACAAACCAGCAGCCAACCAAUCCAACACCGCAAAGGAGAAGGAAGAACCGCCGCGUGAUGACAACACAGAGCUGGCCUAUAAAGAUGCGGGCCACUGCAGCCGCAAUACUCACAACCUCCUGCUGGGUCUCACUGUUCUCGGUGUCGUCAUGGGGGCGGUGUUUGGGAUGCUGCUGCGGUACAUGAUGGUGACAGACAUGUCCGCCCUCACGAUGGUUUCCUUCCCUGGAGAAGUCCUGAUGAGGAUGCUGAAGAUGCUCAUCCUGCCUCUCAUCAUCUCCAGCCUCAUCACAGGGCUUGCUGGUCUUGAUGCUCGCUCCAGUGGCAGGAUGGGAAGCAGAGCCAUGGUGUACUACAUGUCCACCACCGUAAUCGCCGCGGUUCUGGGGGUGAUCCUGGUGCUGGGAAUCCACCCGGGGAACCCGAAGCUGAGGGGAAGAACUUCAUCCAAUGCACCAAAGAACCAGGAGGUCAGCAGCCUGGACGCCUUCCUGGAUCUGAUCAGGAACCUGUUUCCUGAGAACCUGGUGCAGGCCUGCUUUCAACAGGUCCAGACGGUGCUGAAAACGGUGCAGGUGGUUCCAACAAACCAAUCUGAGGCCGUGUCGGUGGUUAAAAAAAAACUGGAAUACAAAUGGGGGAUGAAUGUCCUCGGCUUGAUCGGCUUCUUCAUCACCUUUGGGAUCUGCAUGGGCAGGAUGGGCGAGCGGGGCAAGGUUAUGUGCGACUUCUUCAACAUCCUGAAUGAAAUCAUCAUGACGAUGGUCUCCAUGAUCAUGUGGUACUCCCCUGUUGGCAUUGCCUCCCUGAUUGCAGGAAAGAUCGCCGCUAUUGGAGACCUGGAGACGGUCGCCAGGCAGCUGGGCAUGUACAUGGUGACCGUCAUCGUGGGCCUGGUGAUCCACGGCGGCUUGAUCCUCCCCGCCAUUUUCUUUGCCAUCACCAGAAAAAGUCCUUUUGCGUUCUACUCUGGAAUCUUCCAGGCGUGGAUCACCGCUUUGGGAACUGCCAGCAGCGCCGGGACACUGCCGGUCACUUUUCGCUGUCUGGAGGAAAACCUGAAGAUCGACAAACGCGUGACCCGCUUCGUGCUGCCCAUCGGGGCCACCAUCAACAUGGACGGCACCGCUCUGUACGAGGCUGUGGCGGCCAUCUUUAUCGCCCAGAUGAACGACAUCUCCCUGGACGGAGGACAGAUCGUCACAGUCAGUAUGACUGCCACCCUGGCCAGUGUUGGAGCUGCCAGUAUUCCCAGCGCCGGUCUGGUGACCAUGCUGCUGAUCCUGACGGCCGUCGGCCUGCCAACCCAGGACAUCAGUCUGCUGAUCGCCGUCGACUGGCUGCUGGACAGAAUGCGCACCUCCAUCAAUGUGGUGGGCGACUCGUUCGGUGCCGGGAUCGUGUAUCACUUAUCCAGAACGGAGCUCGCUGAUCUGGACGCGGCAGAGAUGCAGAUGCUCCACCCGGGAGAGGAGCUGGAUUUCAUCCCUCCUCCUCCCAUCCUCACUGACAUGGACCUGAUCGACCCCUUCAAACCGCCAGAGCUGCCCCCCCGCUCUCCGCGCCCUCCCAAACUGAACCACCACAGCCACGUUGCGUCCCAGUCCAUCCCUCACUCGCCGUCGUGUUCUGUCCGAUCUCCAUCCCCUCGCUCCAUCCGUUCUCCCUCCCCGCGCUCCGUCUGCUCCCAUUCUCCUCGGCCCCUCCGUUCUCAUUCGCCACGUCUGCUCCGCCGGACGGAGCAAGGCUACAGCCCCCUGCCCAGUUAUGAUAACCAGAUCUCCAUGCCGCCGCGCUCCUACCGAGAGCGGGAGCGGGAACGAGAACGAGAACGGGAGCGAGAACGAGAGCGAGAACGAGAGCGGGAGCAACUGAGGCGAGAGAGUGAGACCGAAGAUGACGAAGAGCGAGACCGGGUUCUGUGCGAACUCAGCGACGGCGAGGAAAGUGACGAUACCGCUUACGAUCGACGGCACGCCAUUCCGCCGUGUGACCUGCCAUGAUUUGAUUUCUUCAGAAUUUUCCCAAAAUGUCUUUGUUUUACCUCCAGUUUUGCUGCUUUUUGGAUCUCUGUUUGGAUCCAGAAAAGGGAAAGUCAGCACUAUUAUGACUGAAGAUUUGAACAAUAUUUAUACACCAUAAAAUAAAGGCAAUUAAUAACUUAAUGAAUUCUAAAAAAGAUUUUUAGAGAAACAAUGAAAAACUGUUGUUUUUCUUAAUUAAAAAGAGCACUAGUGUAGUUUUCUAAAGUUUCUUAAUCAAAUCUUCAUGAAACAAGUUCUCUCAAACCAACUGCUCAUGUGCACCUUUUCACCUUAAAUUUUUAAACUUCCUCUGCAUAAAAAUGUUAACAGCUUAGUCAACAUUAGUGAGUUAUGUCUCCAUUUUUAAUUUUUCUAAAACUCAAAUUCCAAGAAAACACGACAUGUAAUCUUUCUCUCCAUCUACCAACGACAUCAUCUGGGAACAAAGAACUAUUCGAUGAACAAAAACAUUUCAAAAAUGAAGGAAAUCAGGUGACACAGAAAGGUUCCUAGAACCUGAAAUUCUCUUGAUGUUUCUGGAGGAAAGGUGGCUGGGGCCUUUCCUCAACCAAUCACAGCUUGACUUUUCUAAAAGUAACACCCCCACUCCGCUGGCCACUCUUCAAGUUAACGCACAUAAGUAUAUCAGUUAAAAUUUUACAGCUUUUUCCACUAAAUUUAAGUUUCAAAAUUUUCCAAAUAUUGAGUCUUUUGUCUUUUAGGAGUUAGAACUUCUCACACAGUUUUACAAUUGUGCUCAUACGUUUACAUGCCAUGGAAGAAAUAAUGAUUUAUUGGUAAUUUUUCAUAGAAUAUGAAUAAUAACACAAAAUCUUUAUUUCCACUCAUAGGUAGUGGUUGGGUGAAGCCGUUUAGUGUCCAAAAAUUCAGUUUACUCUUUUUUUAAUCAUAACAACAGAAAGUUUACAUAACCUGAUGACUUUAUUCAAGAAACAUGCACACAAGCUGGAACAAAAAGGAAUGGUAGCUAAAGGUAACCAUCCUCACCUGUGACUCUUUGUCGGUAAUUAAUGUGCGUGGGAAAUGGGGAAAAGCUAAAGAGCUGUCAAAAAAUCUACGGGAAAAGGUAACUGAACUGUAUAAAACAGGAACAGGAUACAAGAUUUGAGAAUGCCAGUCAGUAGUGUUCAAACAUUGAUCAAUAAGUGAAAAGUGAGGAGUUCAGUGGGGAAAGAAAGAGCUGUCAAAAAAGCUAUGGGAAAAGGUAACUGAACUGUAGAAAACAGGAAAGGAAUACGAGAACCAAGAAUACCAGUUAGGAGUGUUCAAACUUUGAUAAAGAAGUGGAAAGUGAGGAGUUCAGUGGGGAAAGAAAGAGCUGUCAAAAAAGCUAUGGGAAAAGGUAACUGAACUGUAGAAAACAGGAAAGGAAUACGAGAGCCAAGAAUACCAGUUAGGAGUGUUCAAACUUUGAUAAAGAAGUGGAAAGUGAGGAGUUCAGUGGGGAAAGAAAGAGCUGUCAAAAAAUCUACGGGAAAAGGUAACUGAACUGUACAAAACAGGAACGGGAUGCAAGAACCAAGAAUGCCAGUUAGGAGUGUUCAAGCUUUGAUAAAGAGGUGGAAAGUGAGGGGUUUGGAUUCUGAAGGGUGAGGGGUUGGUUUCUGUUGAUACCAAACCACGGUCACAAACAUUUCUGCCCUAACUACCAGAAAAUUGUUAGGGAUGCAAAAAAAAAAAAACCUUGUGUGAUCCAGGACUAUCUGAAAAACUGUGGUGGGGAUUUUUUAAGAUGCAUAAUAAGGAGGCCUCUGAAGAAAAAUGGUUUUGCGGUUGAGUCGCCUGAAGAAAUCCUUUUUUUGUGCAAAUGCCACGAGAUAGUUCACUGUACAAAAACAGGCCUCCAAGUUUAUGGAGCGAAGUCAUUUGGAGUGACAAGACCGUAAUAGAGCUUUUUGGCCACAACUAUAAACGCUACAUUUGUAGAAGAGAUUAAAAUAUCAGUAUUUCUACCGUGAAACAUGGAGGUGGAUCAAAGACUGUUCGGGGAUGUUUGAGCUACAAAGAAACUUGGUCAAAACUGAUGACAAGAUGAAUGCAGUACGUUAUCAGAAGAUACUGGAGGAAAACUUUUCAACAUAACAACGAUCCAAAACACAGGACCAGGUCCACCUGUCAUUAGUUCCAACAGAAUAAUGUGACGGUUCUGGAGUGGCCGUCUCCAUCUCUCGACUUCACUAUUAUUGCACCACUCUGAGGGGAUCUCAAACGGGCAGUUCAAGCAAGAAAACCCAAGAAUUCAAAGGAACUUGAGGUUCUUUGCCUUGAAGAAUGGGCUGCUUUACUAUUAGAGAAAUAUUAAUCCACAACAACCACAAGAGUCUCAAAACUGUUAUCGAUGCAAAACAAAGUAUAAAGUAGAUUUGUGUGACUUUGAAGUCUCUGUUGUCAUUAGGAUUUAAAAAGUGUAAACAGAAUUUUUACCAAUAAAUGGCUUCACCCAACCAGUGGGGAAAAAUGUGUUAGCAUUCAUAUUCUAUAAAGAAAUAGCCUAAAAUUCAUAAUUUGUUCUAAGGAAUGUAAACUUAUGAGUACAGCUGUAACUGGAUGCUGUUGGCCUGUUUAUAUUGUACAGAUGAUUUAAAAAAAAAGAUAUUUUUUCUGUUUUUGUAAAUGUUCAGUUUUGUAUGGAUAAAACUAACAGCUGGGAUUUGGUUCAGUUGGUUUCUAGAACAGAGCUUUCCAACAUGCUGCUGGUUCCUUCAAAUAGGAAGUUCUCUAAAGCUCUAAGAAAGAUGGAGAAGUUUGUGCAGUUUCGGUUAGUAUUUUUCUACAGUUUUCCACCGUCUUGCAUAUUUUCUUCAUUUCCAUCCUUUGCUUUCUUCCUCGUUUUCUCCAGCCACAGUCACUGUGGCUGUUAAUAUUGUCUAAAAUCUAAAUAUUCUUGUGUGUGUGUGUUUAUGUUAGGGUGUGUGCUAUCAUGAUUAUUACAAAAAUGCUGUUUUAAUUCUUAAGUUUGCAUUUGUUAGUUAUAUUACUUAGAUUAAAUCUCUGCAAGUUGCUAUCUCUGCUCCCAUAAACGGCUUUUUAUUUGAAGCUGUCCCUCAAUAGUUGAGAUUUCCUUCAGAUUCAGCGGUUGGUGCAGGUGGUGUGUAUAUUGUACUUAAUAAUACUAAUAUAUAAUAAAAUCUAAGAGCUCUAUUUGAAGUUA